ACUAGUGACUACUAUCUAUAUAAAGCCCGGGUUGAACGGAAUACAAAUUUCGCUGCUCAGAAAACCGCAAAGCUUGUUAGUUACGGUGGUUGCCAUGGCGGUUGUACCAUCGGAAACAGAAUCCUCCUUGAACAGAAACCUCCCCUCUCUCUUCUACUCCGAUUUCCUCCGCAACCGUUUCUCCGCUUUCCAUUUCUCUCCUUCAACCUUCUUCUCCAGCCUCACCUCUGCCUUCCGAUCAUCUCGCCGCCGUGAAUGUCUCCCUCUUCCAUUACCUUCCAACUAUCUCGAUUCUUCCAUGAACUAUAGUAAUGCUUCUAGAGUUCAUGCUGUUUUGGAAGAUGUGUUAGAGCGUGUUUUGACGAAUAUGCAUCGCAUUCAAAAGAAUCUUCAGUUUUGGCAAUCCAUAGCUCAGAAAUCAGAUAAUAGGAAAGCUUAUUUCAUGGUUUUUGAGAGAGGUCCGCGUGCUUUUAUCGGUGAGACUGUUAAGUUGUUGCGUGGACGUGCUGCUCAAGAUUCUUCCUUACAGAAUAUAUGUCAAUCAGCAUCUGAUUAUGUUAAUGAGAGAGUAACUGUUCUUAGUUUCUUAAGAUGUUCAUUGGCGAUAUUCUUGGCUCAGAUUUAUGUAGAAGUUGAUAAAGUUGGAGAGGAGUUAAUAACGGAUCCAGAGCAUAAACUUCCGUCAUUGUUGGUAACAAUUAAUGAAUUGUUCUCAACAUUAGAAGCUUCAAUUGGACAUCUACAUGCAGUGCGUCAGAGUGAUUCAUCUGUUGAUGGGACUUAUUCGAUUCCCCUGCUGUUUGAGAAGCUGCCAGAAAUAAAUCAGGAUGGGUCCCAAUGGACAGAUUGUGAAAUUAGAGAUGCUAUCAGUUCUGUUUACCAAAAUUUAGACAAGCUGGAAUCUUACAUAUGUUCCCUUGUUGUCAAACAUAGAAAGCCAAAGAACAUAACCCAACAUUGGGUCCACUAUGCAUGUGGUGCUGUUGGUCUCUCAGUAUGCUCCCUUUGGCUCUUGCGUCAUAGUAGUUUGAUGGGAAGUUCUGAUCUUGAUAAUUGGAUCCAGGAAGCCAAGGACUCUACAGUUGGUUUUUUUACGGAUCAUGUAGAACAACCGAUUUUGUCCAUCAGAGAUGAACUUUUUGAGACGUUCAGGAAGAGGCAUCAAGGUAUCAUGGACUUUGAAGAGGUGCGGUUGACUUCCAACUCACUACACAGAAUGUUGUUGGCUUUCAGUGAGCAGACAAAGGGUCAGAAAUCUCCAGUAAAUGCCUCAGAUCAGGAAAUGCUUGAGAUAGUCAUGGACAGGUAUGAGAAGGAACUAAUGCAUCCUAUUCAAAACCUUCUCAAUGGAGAGCUAGCUCGGGCUAUGCUUAUUCAGGUUCAGAAGCUGAAACUGGAUAUCGAGACUGCAAUGUUGGAGCUGAACCAAAUUCUACGGGCAAAUGAAAUCAACUUUGCUGUACUGGCUGCUUUACCUGCCUUCUUUAUCUCCCUUCUACUCAUUAUGUUAGUACGGGCAUGGUUCAAACAGGAUACAAAAGCCGAGGGAAGAGGUAGAGUUGCUCGGAUUCAAAGGAGGCUACUUGUUGUAGAGGUUGAGAGAAGGAUUAUGCAGCAUCAAAUUUAUGUAGAGCAAGGGUUGGAGAGAGAUGCACACUAUAUGUUGGGGUUGAUACUUUAUAGCUUGGAUCGCCUAUACAGUUCAGUCAAGAGGCACGCAGAAGCUUCUGGAGAGUGGCAGUGUUUGCGACAGGAUAUAAUUGAUUUGGCUAGACCUGGCCUGCAAACUUCACACAAGCUCGCUGUGACAUCACGCAUUAUUAAGGUCUACGACUGCUUGCUUCCAGUUCUCAGACCCCGGUAGCGAAUUUUCCCUUGUUAAAGAUGGUUCUCUUGCUCCUUUGAAACCCAAUUUUUGUUGUAAAUGCUAUGCCCUAGCUUUAUUUGGUAGCUAAGGGUAAAAUCGUUCAUAUGUUUGUGUAUAUUCUGAGGCACGACAAUGGUAUUGAAUUGAGUACUUAAACGAACUCUGUUGGUUCUACCGGGUUAUGAUUUUCAGACCAUAAUUCCUGGUCAGAAAACGCUAGGUCUGCUUAUAAGAAUAUAGAUUUUAAUAUUGAUCA